AUGAACUCUUCAUCUGCAGAUUGUAUCAUGGAUUACAUUCACGCAAACGUGGUUGCGUUGGAUGUGAACAUGGCUCUUAACAAGUUCAUAGGGCGACAGCAGGACAGUCAUGUGCAAGAACUUGUAGAGUAUAGAGGAAUUGCAUGUGUGUGUAGCGAUGAAGAGUCGCAUGGGCACAACGGUGAUGGCGAUGACUCGUUCGAGGACCAAAAGGAGAACAACAUUGCUGAUAUUCGCAUAUGCAAGCAUGUCCAACUAACACGAAAGGAGAUCACCUACCUCAUUGGUAAAAGAGGCACAAAGAUCUCCAAGAUAAGGGAAAUAAGCGGCGCAGUGGUGAAGGUGGUACCCUUGAACACCGCAAUCAAUGGCAUCAAUACCGUUGGCUUCGGUAGGUGUAAGCAACUAACACAAUUCUUACGAGUGAGUGGGAGUUCCAAACAGGUCAACACUGCACUAAGCAUGAUCGAAACUGAGGUCUAUCACUACCGCAUACAUGGAGUAACAGACUAUUGA